UCCCAAUUCCCUUACAUAAAAGCUCAAAACCCCUUCCCAAAUCCUCCAUUUCUCUCCACACAAACAAACAAUGGCCCCUCUUCUUCAGCUCCUCCUCUUCCUCCCCUUCCUCCUCUCCUCCGCCUCCGCGAUCGGCGUCAACUACGGCACCCUGGGCGACAACCUCCCCUCCCCCACCCAAGUCGCCCACUUCCUCCAACACUCCACCACCAUCGACCGCAUCAAAAUCUUCGACACCAACCCGGACAUCCUCCGCGCCUUCGCCGGCACCGGCAUCCUCGUCGCCGUCACCGUCCCCAACGGCGAGAUCCCCGCCCUCACCGACCCCGCCUACGCCCGCUCCUACGUCGCCUCCCACAUCGCCCCCUUCCACCCCAAGACCACCAUCAACUACAUCCUCGUCGGCACUGAGGUCCUCCACUGGGGCCCGCAGCCCCUCGUGGACAACCUCGUCCGCGCCAUGAGGUCCCUCCACUCCGCCCUCUUGCAGGCUAACCUCACAUCUAUUAAGAUCACCACGGCCCACUCGCUCGGAAUCCUCGAGUCGUCCGAGCCGCCCAGCCUCGCCCGGUUCCGCCCGGGAUGGGAUAAGGGCGUGCUCGCCCCGCUGCUGCAGUUCCACCGCGAGACCAAAACGCCCUUCAUGGUUAACCCUUACCCUUACUUUGGAUACAGUCCCAAAAAUGCCGAUUUCGCACUUUUCCGGCCGAACAAGGGCGUUUUCGACAAGUACACGAAGCGUACGUACGGGAACAUGUUCGACAUGCUGAUGGACGCGGUGUAUGUGUCGAUGAUGAAGCUCGGGUACAAGGACGUGGAGAUCGCGGUGGGGGAGACGGGGUGGUCUUCGGAUGGGGAGCCGUUCGAGAAGCCGAGGUGCUCGUUGGAGAACGCGAAGGCGUACAAUGGGGAGCUUGUGAGGAAGUACAAUGCCGGGAGGGGAACGCCGCUGAUGCCGAGGAAGAAGUUCGAUGUGUACUUGUUUGCAUUGUUUAACGAGAACCAGAAGACCGGGCCGGCUUCGGAGAAGAAUUUCGGGCUCUUUCGAGGUGAUUUCGAGCAGGUUUAUGAUGCUGGGGUUCUCCGGGCUGACGCUUCUGCACCUGUUAAGCCUGCUCCAAAAACACCACCCGGGACCCAAGGCGGGAAGAAGUGGUGUGUGCCAAAGCCGGAGGCGAGCGAUGCUGCUCUGCAAGCGAACAUCGACUACGUGUGCAGCCAGGGAAUCGACUGCAGCCCAAUUCAGGCAGGCGGCGGUUGCUUCGACCCAAACAACGUUAGGGCUCAUGCCUCUUUCGUCAUGAACUCCUACUAUCAGAAGGAAGGCCGUCACGACUUCAACUGCGAUUUCUCCGGCUCGGCUGUCAUCACCACUACUGAUCCCAGUAAUGGUCCUUGCAAAUACCUUUCCUGAUUCCUAGGGGAGGAAGUUUUCUCUUACAUAUUGAGGGGAAAAUAACAUUUAUUUGUUGAUUUUAGGGCAUCUACUAAUCUUUGUAAUUUAUGCUUCUUCAUCUACCCCUCACCCCUUGAAAAAAAAACAAAAAAUGUAUGAUGGGAGAAAAUUAUUAUGUAGAAAUUAUGGCAUGGAGUAGUUACAUUAUUAUCUAUUGA